CGCCAUAUCCGAUCAAAUCCACUCCGUUGAGAGAGAAAAUCUAAGAGGAAGGAACUUGUAGCCGGAUAUUUAGCAAUGGCGACAUCGUCGGCAAGGGUAGAUCUGGACGGAAACACUAUAAAGCCGUUCACGAUAUGCAUGAUUGGUGCCGGAGGAUUCAUUGGAUCGCAUUUGUGCGAGAAAUUGAUGUCCGAAACGCCGCAUACAGUGCUGGCGGUGGAUGUUUACAAUGACAAGAUCAAGCACCUCCUUGAACCGGACUCUCUUCCUUGGGCUGGUCGCAUCCAGUUCCACCGACUUAACAUUAAGAACGAUUCUCGCCUCGAAGGUCUUAUCAAGUGCUCCGAUCUGACGGUAAAUCUAGCCGCGAUCUGCACACCGGCGGAUUACAAUACGCGUCCUCUUGACACGAUUUACAGCAAUUUCAUUGAUGCUCUUCCUGUGGUCAAGUACUGUUCAGAGAAUAACAAGCGGCUCAUUCACUUUUCAACUUGUGAAGUAUAUGGGAAAACCAUUGGCAGCUAUCUUCCCAAAGAUAGCCCUUUGCGACAGGAUCCUGCUUAUUAUAUUCUUAAAGAAGAUACAUCUCCUUGCAUUUUUGGCUCAAUUGAGAAGCAGAGGUGGUCUUAUGCAUGUGCAAAACAGUUGAUUGAGAGGCUGAUCUAUGCUGAGGGUGCGGAGAAUGGUCUUGAGUUCACCAUAGUAAGGCCUUUCAACUGGAUUGGCCCUAGGAUGGAUUUUAUUCCCGGGAUCGAUGGUCCUAGCGAGGGUGUUCCAAGAGUUCUUGCAUGCUUUAGUAACAAUCUCCUCAGGCGUGAGCCUCUGAAGCUUGUGGAUGGCGGUGAAUCGCAGAGAACCUUUGUUUAUAUUAAGGAUGCUAUUGAAGCUGUUCUUUUGAUGAUAGAAAACCCUGGUAGAGCUAAUGGUCAUAUCUUCAAUGUUGGUAACCCGAACAAUGAAGUUACAGUCAGACAACUUGCUGAGAUGAUGACCAAGGUAUAUGCAAAAGUAAGCGGAGAAGAUUCAAUAGAGAGCCCAACCAUUGAUGUAAGUUCGAAAGAAUUUUAUGGUGAAGGUUACGAUGACAGUGACAAGAGAAUUCCGGACAUGACCAUAAUAAACAAACAAUUAGGUUGGGAUCCGAAGACAUCGUUAUGGGACUUGCUGGAAUCGACCCUUACGUACCAACACAGGACAUACGCAGAAGCAGUGAAGCAAUCAAUUGCAAAAGCAGUAGCCAAUUGAAAAAGGAAAGAAAGGAAGGGGGUGGUUGUUUUUGUUUUCUUUCAAUGUCCAAAAAUAGAGUUGUUCUGAAUGGUUUGGUAAUGGGAAACUUUGGGACCUCUAAAAUGUGUAGCAAGUUGUAGCAGUAAGGGGGAACUGUGGCUGUAUAAUUCUGUAUAACACCAAAAGAAUUGGGUACUUUUUCCUGGCAAUGUGCUAAGGAGGAGAUGUUGGUUUUGGUUUUCGUAUUUAUUCUUUUGUUGGGUCUCAUGGUAUGGACCAGACCUUGUGUUAUAAUUUAUUUUUUUAUUGUUUGUUUUGUUACAGCUGGGAAUGGGAUGUAUGUGUUUUCUCAUAUAUUAUUACCUUCUCAAGGGAUGGGCUUGAUAUGAUAUCAAAGUUCUUUUUCCUGC